GAGGCGAAUUGUUGGCAACGUGUGGUGUGUUGUUGCACCAUAAAAUGGAGUAAGCUCCAUCCUCUGCUCUUGCACUAUAACACCCUUCUCUUCCUCACACAUUGCUUGUUUUGGUGGUGAAAAUGGCAGCCACAUUCAUAUUCACACUUUCUCUGGCCAUGCUAUGUGCGGCUUCAGCUUUUGCUGCAGUUCAUCGCAGGGUGCCAGAAACUUACCUUAGGAAUGGUAACUUUGAGGAGAGGCCAGACCCCAGAAACCUAAAAAAAAGCACACUCAUUGGGAAACAUGCUCUUCCAAAAUGGGAGAUCAAUGGUCAUGUUGAGUAUGUCUCAGGGGGGCCACAACCUGGGGGCAUGUUCUUCCCAGUUAGUCAUGGAGAACAUGCUGUGAGGCUUGGAAAUGAGGCUUCAAUCUCACAAACCAUAAGGGUCAAACCUGGCAUGUGGUAUUCUCUAAUUCUUGGAGCCUCAAGGACUUGUGCUCAAGAUGAGGUUUUAAGGAUCUCAGUGCCUCCCCAAUCUGGAGAUGUUCCUUUGCAGACCCUUUAUAGCCUCAAUGGUGAUGUUAUUGCUUGGGGAUUCAGGGCCACUUCUAAUGUUGCCAAAGUGACACUACACAACCCUGGAAUUCAAGAAGACCCUGCCUGUGGUCCUCUCGUGGAUGCAGUUGCUAUUGCACAGUUCUACCCUCCAAGGCCUACAAGAGCUAAUUUGGUUAAAAAUCCUGGGUUUGAGGAGGGUCCAUUCCCUAUUUUCAACUCUACACACGGUGUUCUGCUCCCUCCCAAGCAAGAAGAUCGUAUGUCUCCACUCCCUGGUUGGAUGAUUGAAUCCCUCAAAGCUGUGAAGUUCAUAGAUUCAGAACAUUUCACUGUCCCAUUUGGUCAGGGAGCAAUAGAGCUUAUUGCAGGCAGGGAAAGUGUCAUUGCCCAAAUUCUAAGAACAGUUCCCAACAAAGUCUACAACAUGAAGUUCACAAUUGGAGACGCGCGAAAUGGCUGUCACGGAUCAAUGAUGGUUGAAGCAUUUGCAGCAAAAGAUACCCUCAAAGUUCCCUUCAAAUCUGUGGGAAAAGGCCACUUCAAGACUGUGAGUUUCAAGUUCAAAGCGAUUGAAAACAGAACCAGAAUCACAUUCUAUAGCUCUUUCUACCAUACAAAAAUUCAUGACUACGGAUCUCUUUGUGGCCCUGUUGUUGAUCAAGUUAUAGUGCAUCCUGUCGCUUGAUUACUGCUUCUACUGCUUCUACCAUACCAAGUAGUAAUUUAGAUUUUGCGUUGUUCAUUGUAUGUGAAGAUGAAAAAAUUGUAUCAGUCUUGUGACUAAAUUUAACCUUUCCUUUACUUCAUGUAAUACAUGAGAAUGAGAUCAAUUUCUAUAUUAAUUACAAACUUUAAUAAGACUAUGUUUUGGGGUUUUGGACUUCCUCAAAGA